GAAACAAUAAUCAUAACAUAUGGCAAAUAAAUAAUUUGAUCGAUUAUUUUUGUGAUUUUAAUAAAUUCAAUAUGCGAUUCAAAUAUUCAAAAACAUUUUUAGAAGCGCAGGAAUACGAGAGUCCUAUUGCGGAUUUAAGUUGGUCUCCAAAUAACGUGAAGCUUGCGGUGGCGACAUGUGAACGAGUGGUGUUACUGUACGACCGGGAGGGUGUGCGGCGUGACAAAUUCAGCACUAAACCAGCAGAUCCAGCGGCAGGGAAAAAGUCUUAUGUUAUAACAUGUAUAUCAUUUAGCGAAAACUCUGAGCUGCUGGGUAUAGCUCAAAGCGACAAUAUGGUGUUUGUGUAUCGUGUGGGCGCAGAUUGGUCCGGCAAGAAAGUGAUUUGCAAUAAGUUCCCUUUGACUGGGGCACCAACGCAGCUACUGUCUGCUGAUAACGGAUUCUUCACUGCCACUACAGAUGGCAAGAUAAGAUCCUUGGAUUGUAAAAGCAAUAAGAGCUCUAGUUUAUGGACGGUCGGGACAUGUUGCGUGUCUCUGGCCAAGAGCGGAGAAGGCACCUUAGCUUCUGGACACGUUGAUGGUACAUUGUACCUCAACGGUAGAUUACUUCUGCGCUACGCAUUGCCCCCCACCGCUUUAAUACUAUUGCCACCGUAUUUGAUAGUGGGCUCUUGUGACGGCCGGGUGACGGUAUACGAGGCGCAGCGUGGUGCUCUACUGCGCAGCCUAGAGCCUCAACUACCGCCAGAUCGACGUGAUAUUAUUGCUGCCGCGCCGAGUCCUUCAGGGCAGACAAUAGCAUUCGGGGUAUUCGACGGGUGUCUGAUAGGUGAAGUGAAGGAGUCUGGUGGUGUGGAACUGUCGCCGCUAGUUAUACCGAACAUGUAUGCGACGCGUGCCCUCGCCUGGAGCGCUGAUGGUACCAAGUUGGCGGUCGCCUCGCAGACCGGCGCCGUUAUACUCCUUGAAGCUGUUCUCAGACGGUGGGUAUGGCGCGACAGCGUGGAGGUGCAGCACGUGAGCGCGCGCCAGCUCGUGUUGCGGCGGCUGGCGGCCGACGCGCCCCCGCUCACCGUUACCUCCAACCAAGCGCCAGACAUAUACAACGUGCGCUUCAUAGGUAAUGACUGGUAUGCAGUAUGCCGAACUAGCAGCUCACUAAUUCUUUGCGACAUUGCUCGUGGCCUAACUAGCGAGAUUCAAUGGACGGGUAGCGGUGAACGUAUAUACGCGGCUGUGGGAGGCGCAUGCUUAAUUCAUCGUGCUGGAGAAUUGAGUGUCGUUGAAUAUGGGCUUAAUAAAGUCCUGCACACUGUUCGUACGGAGCGCGUGAACCCGCACGUGUUGAGCGUGCGCAUCAACGAGGGCACCUCGUCGACGAGCGGCCGCGACCGCAAGCACCUCGCUUACUUGCUCGACAGGCAGACCAUCGCUGUUGUUGAUCUAUCUACAGGCGUUCAACUAGGACAAUGGUGGCACGAAGCUCGAAUUGAUUGGCUUGAACUUAACGAAAACGGACAAUUGUUAUUGCUGAGGGACACGCGUCGUAGACUUGUGCUUUUGCGUCUUCAUAACGGGGACAAGGAAAUUAUAGCAAGUGGAGUUGGAUUCGUGCAGUGGAUAGAGAACAGUGACGCAGUCGUGGCACAAACACCUACGCACUUAUUAAUUUGGUAUUCAGCUUGGGAGUCGGGAAGUGUGGAAAUGGCGGAAUGUAGUGGUGGGGUUGCGGUGGAGGUGGACUCGCGCCGUGUGGUGUUUGAGGGCGGACAGCUGCCAUACCUGCAGCUAGAUGAGCACCGACUAGCGUUCAACAACGCCCUCCGCAGCGGCGACUUGGUGGGGUGCGCUUCAUACCUGGAUGGCGUGGACAGCAGCGCUGACGUGGCACCGCUGUGGCGCCAGUUGGCUGACCGUGCUCUUGCUGAUGAUGACAUACAACUCGCAGCCAAGUGCUAUCGAGAGGUAGGCGAUGAAGCUCGUACGUUUUACCUUGACAAAACCGUAGAGUUAGCUACUGAAGAAGGUGCUGGCGAUAUUAAUGCAGGUUUAAAAAGUCCAUUAGUUCGUGCAAGACUAGCAAUAUUUGCCGGGGAUUUGUCAACUGCCGAAGAAUGUUACGUGAAGAAAGCUGGUCGACCUGAGCUAGCUAUCAGCAUGUACAAACAAUUCAAUAGAUGGACAGACGCCAUCUCUCUUGCCGAGAGGGUAGAUCGUGCAUUGGUUACUACUUUGAAACAGCAGCAUAUGGAUUACUUAUCGUCAACUGGUAGAUUAGGCGAGGCUGGCGCAGUGUUAGCGGCGUCCGGAGAUGUACAAGGCGCAGUGCGCGUGUGGCUCAAGGGCGGUAGGGCGCGGCGUGCGGCCGCUCUGCUGCUGCAGCACCCCUCCCUACUGCGGGACUCUGAGUUGAUGGACGCCGUGCGGACGCAGCUUAUACAGGAAGAGUGGUGGGAAAUGGCCGGUGAGUUAGCGGAAAGAAGUGGUGAGAACCGAACAGCUGUAGAAUACUACGCCAAAGGAAACAAUUUUGCUAGAGCUGUACAACUUGCUCGAGAAGCGUGUCCGGGCGAGGUGACGCGGCUGGAGGGCGCGUGGGGCGCGUGGCUGGUGGGCGCGCGGCAGGCGGGCGCCGCCGUGCCGCACCUCAUCGAGGCGGGCGACACGCGCGCCGCGCUCGCCGCCGCCCUCCGCGCCCACCACUACAGGAAGGCGCUGCACAUCGUGCAGGUUAUCGAAGACAAGGAAUCUAUACGAGAAUACUGCGAGCAGUUGGGUGAUCAUUUUAUAGCAACUCAAGAGUGGGAGACGGCUGAGCGCGUGCUGACGUCGUGCGGGCUUGCGGAGCGAUGCGUACGCGCGUACAACGCGGCGGGCCGCGCCGCCGACGGCCUGCGCCUCGCCGCCGCGCACCUCAGCGAGCGCGACACGCGCGACAUCUACAUGCCGCUCGCGCAGCAGUUGCGCCGCGACGGACAUCUACGCAGGGCCGAGCAGAUCUACAUCGGGCUCGGCGAGCCGGACGAGGCCAUUUCUAUGUAUAAGGAUGCAUCACAGUAUGAAGCUAUGUUACGGUUGGUGGCCGCACAUAGGAGUUCUCUACUGGAGGCCACGCGUCGUCACGUAGCGCAAGCGCUCCAUGCUUCGGGAGAUUUACGUGCCGCUGAAAACUAUUACAUACAAGCGGAUGAUUGGAAGAGCGCGAUCCAGAUGUAUCGCUCCGCUGGACAAUGGGAGGGAGCAGAACGCGUCGCUCGGGCUCAUGCACCCAGCGCAGUGCAACAACAGGUGGCUCUGCAAUGGGCUGCAGCUUUAGGUGGAGCGCCGGCUGCCCGCUUGCUAGCCGCUAGGGGACUCGCGGCGUUAGGGGCACGAUGGGCAUUACAAGCACAGAGGUGGGACAUAGCGACGGAGCUGAGCGAGCUGGGCGGCGGCAUCACGAAGCGCGAGGUGCUGCGGCACGAGGCGGCCGCCGUGGCGGAGGAGAGGCCCGAGGAGGCGGAGGCGGCGUUCGUGCGGGCGGGCGCCGCCGACGACGCCGUGCGCAUGUGGGCCGCGCGCGGGCAGCACGCGCGCGCGCUCGCGCUCGCCGAGCGACACGCCAAACACAUGGUAGAAGAGGUCUUGGUGGAAGGAGCGCGCGCCGCAGCAGAACGCGGGGAUUUGCCGCAGUUUGAGGCGCUCAUGAUUCGAGCUAAUAGGCCGCGGGAGGUCGUGCAACACUAUAAGGAUCUUGAGCUCUGGGAGGAGGCAUCACGUGUAUCCCGCGAAUAUUUACCCGACAGCGGAGAGCCGGUCCCGCCUACUGUUCCACCAUUGCUACAGCGCGCUGCAGAACAUGCAGAUAGGGGCGAGUGGUGGGAGGCGGUGGAGCUGCUGGUGAGCGCAAGCGCGGCGGGCGCGGCGGGCGGCGCGGCCGGGCUCGCCGAGCGCGCCGCCCUCCGCGCCGCCCGCCUCGCGCGCGACCACCUGCACGCCGCGCCGCGCCGCCGCGCCGCGCGACUCCUCGCCGACAGGUUUGCGGCUAUCGGUCAGAGCGACAUCGGGGAACAACUUCGAGCCGCACUGACUGAAGGUUAUGAAGGAGAUGACGAAAUGGCAGGUGCAUCACCGCAAGAGGAAUACGAGGAGGAAACGGAGCCGGGCCCGUUAGUACGCGAGCCGGAGCCGGAUACGGAAGCGGACGGCGAGUCGGAAGCACUGGAGCGGUUGGCCCGUGCGGGCCACUGGCAGCGGUGCCUGGCCCGGGCGGGCCGCGCCGCGCCGCACUACGCGUUGCGAUACGCCGCCCAUCUCUUUAAGGCACAUCCUCGUAUGGAAGGAGUGGACAUCGAAAGUGAAGAAGCGCCUGAGGGAUUGUCGCAAGCGCUGGAGGCGCUGGACGAGUACUUGGUGCGCGGGCAGGGCGCGGCGGCGGCGGCAGCGGGCGCGGACGCGGCGCUGGCGCGCGCCGUGUGCGGCGAGGUGGUGGUGCGCGCGUCGCUGGCGCCGCGCUCGCUGCGCACGCUGCACCGCGCCGCCGCCGCCCUGCUCGCCGCCGGCGCAGACCACAGGACCCUGCAGGCUAUAACUCUUCUAAUGGCUUUACACGUACCGCAAAUUGCUUCUAAGGCUGCGCGAGCACUGCCGCGGUAUACGGAUAUUAUUGUUGCUGAUGUUGCUUACUACAUAUGCGGAGUGCAAGUGCGGUCUGAAGGAACUAGUGGGUACCGUGAAGCAUUUGUUCUCCUCAAUCGAUGCCUCGACUUGGUGGAGGCGGCAGAAGAUGACACCGUCCAUCUUCUUGACUACACUGAUUUUGAGUGCACGGACUGGUCGCGGCAGCCGCUGGUGGUAACGGGCGGUGGCAGCGGUGGUAGUGGCGGCAGUGCGGUGCGGGGCGAGGCAUUGCACGAUGUACGCGAGUGGGUGCUCGCCGUGUCCAUGGAUCAGGGGGUUGAACAGACCCUCCCGGUAGAGGGCGAGGGCGAGUACGCGAGCCGUGUAGGCGCCGAUCAGCAGUGCUGCGUGCUCACCGGAUAUCCGCUGGGUACACGCCUCGUCACUUUUACAAAUGGGCGGUGCGCGAACAGAGAGUGGUGGUCGCGCGUGUCGAGCGCGGCGAAGGGCGGCGGCGCGGCGGCCGCGCUGCUGCACCACGUGACCGCGUGGUGCGGCCCCGCUGACUACUCGCACGUAUAGACUAGCUAUAUAGCAGGUAUCCAGAAUAUUUCCUACCGAGUAAACAAUGGAACUAGACUUAUUCAGUUUGUUUGGGAGCGCCAGAUGAAUAACAAUGGAGUGGCAUCCCCACCCGAGCUAUUGGUAUACGCUAGCGAGGUACUAGUGAAAGAUGUUAAAUGAGGAUAUAUUCCUUAUAACUACAGCACCAUUCAUGUAGAACGAAAUUUUAGAUGCGAUUUUCUCGCAUACUUGAGGCCAUUUUUUUACGGGUAACCAUUUGUUACUUUAUAUAAAAAGAAAAAAAUAAUAAUUUGGUGUAAAUCUUAUUAAAGAGCGUGAUGAGAUUAAAUUUAUCAAAAAUCAUAUCUAAUUUUACCUUUAGUUGUAGCUAACUGAGAGCAGGCCAUCCGAGUGCAUUGUAUUAUAUUUUUGCUCAUAUUUCAUUUGUCUGUAGAAGACAGCAAUGGGAACAUAUUCUUUUUUUUUCGAUAUAUUAGUAGUAUACCUGCUUAUGCCAUAGCCCAGGAUAAACUGACAGACAGGAUGCUGUUAUAUACCUAGUUUUUUAAUUCUGCUACUAUCUAUACAUGUGCAACUUAUAGUCAUUAUAGGAUAUGAAAGAUUGUAUAUUUAGCAAGAUAUACCCAUUUGUUUACACCUACAAAUGUAUCUAAUAAAUACAGUAUUACGUU